AUGGUUGGCGUUCCCGGGAGAUCCAAGAGUUGUGGUACUUGCAGGAUCCGUAAGAAAGGAGGCUGUGACGAAAAACGCCCAUCGUGUGGACAAUGCAUCAAGCUAGGACUGAAGUGCGAUGGAUAUGAGCGUCAACUCCGCUUCAUCAACUUCAGUGCGGAGCCUCGUAAGGCUGGUCGAAGUGAUAAGGGCUCUCCCCAAGUUACCUUACCGGUGCCCCUGGCGCGGGCUGCAUAUGCAGACAAGUAUCUCGGUAUUUUCUGGAGUAGUUAUCUUCCCACAGAUAAACACUUCCCAGCACAAAUGAUGAUGUACGUCAGCGGCGGUUGGACAAAUUCGCUGCCCCAGCUUUAUCUCAACUCGCCAGAUAUUCAAAAAAUACUGCUUGCGAUAUGCCUAUCAACGGCAGGGCGCAUAAGCAACAACAGAUGGGAAAAAGAGGAAGGGCUUAGAUACUAUAUGGAGUCUCUCAGCGAGAUGUCUGCUGCGCUCGCUAAUCGGACACGAGGAAAUAUCGUUACUUUAUGUGUCAUGUCCAGGCUAUAUAGUCUUUACGAGGUAUUCUUCGGGCAGGAUGACGAGGACAGAAUAGCCCAGGCUCGUAAUUGGCGACACCACAUUAAUGGUGAACUGGCUAUUAUGACCUCCCAACCGCCGGAAACUUACAUUUCGGGAUACUUGCACCAAUUUUUCGUCGACGGAAGACUUCAUCUUACAACCAGUGCCGUUCAAGCCCGAAAGAGAAUUAUUUUAAGCAAUCCUGAAUGGAAAACUAUUCCUUGGAACGAGAUACCCAAAACACCAAAGGAUCUCUUAAUCGACGUUCUGGUCGAGAUACCAACGUUUCUCGAAAAAAUGGAUAUAAUGCGAGCGUGCCUGGAUCAGGAAAUACAGGAAUUCCAGCGGCGUGAUUUGCUUCAAAGUUGCUGUGAAUUAGAAAAUGAGCUUGUGUCCUGGCGCAUCGAGGUAGGCAUCACUGAUCCGACGUAUAGCCUCGAUGCCGAACAUUCAACAUUUUCGCUCGAUUAUCUAGCAGCGUGCCACAUCAUGUGUCUCUACUGGGCCAUGUGCAUCAUUCUAUACAGCUCACUUCGGAUUCUGUCCUGUCCUCAGGUAAUCCUCCCGCCACAGACCGAUCCGAGGAUAUAUUGCGGCAGGAUCGCUAAAGCGAUGCCUCUGCUCUUACAUCCGCAAUCUGGAGCGUACGGAGUACAUUUGGCAAGCUUCCCUGUUGCCAUUUCCUUGAUGUACCUAAAUGCAGCGGAUGGGGAUGCAAUGUGCGAAGAAAAGCGCAUAAUCUUCGAGGCUUUCAGAAGGUCCGGUCAUGGGGAAACUGUUGAACGUUUCGUCCAGAGCCUGCGACGUCGGGGUGCCUGGUCCCCUUAG